GCGAUGGUUUAAGUUAGCGUUUUGGCAUGUUCUGUUGUACCCUAAGGAGGGUUGACGACGAUGCUCCUCCACUCGGCUAUCCGCCGCCAUGCUCUUCUUCCCUUGUCCCGACUUUUCUUCUCCACCUCAACUUCCUCACCCCUUUCAGGCGGGGGCAUCUCUUCUCGUGAUCCUCACUUCAUGGUCGAGUUCCUCGUGAACUCGUGCGGAUUCUCCAUGGAGGACGCGUCGAAGGCCUCCAAGCCCCUCGCGCAUCUCCAAUCGACCGAGAAUCCCGAAGCUGUGCUUGCUUUCUUCAGAUCUCAGGGCAUUGAUGGCGCGAAUCUGAGGAAGAUAAUAUCCUGGAAACCAGUAUUCCUCUGCUGGAAUGUGGAAUCAAACCUCACACCGAAGUUUCAAUGUUUACGCAACCUGGGGUUAUCAGAAUCGGACCUCGUUUAUGUCAUUUUGAAUAACCCCGCCAUCAUGUCCCUCAACGUCCAGCAUACUCUUCUUCCCAGAUUGAAUGUAUGGGAAAGUCUCUUUGGAUCAAGGGAGCUGCUCCUCAAGAAUCUUAGGAAGCGGUAUUGGUUUUUGAGCAGCAACAUUGAGAAUGUGAUAGAGCGGAGGGAAUGGGAUUUACUAGGAGAUCUCGAAUUUUCCUCUGGAUCCUUGACAUUCUGUCUAGGACCAGCAGAGAAAAAGUUGACGCUCACUCCAAGCUCAUGAACAGCUUUGGGUGGUCGGACUCUGAGUUCUGUACUGCAAUCGAGAAACAACCAAACAUUAUGCAUUAUUCCACAGAUUUAUUGCGGAUAAAGAUGGAAUUUUUUAUCAAGGAUAUUGGGCUUACUCCAUCAGACAUUGCUAGCCGGCCAAAGUUUUUAGCAUUAAGUUUGAAGCAGAGGUUGAUUCCUCGGUUUCAGGUGAUGAAGAUAUUAGAAUCAGAAGAGUUAUGGACUUCGAAAGGCAAGCUAAAUAUGUUUUUCAUAAUGCCAGACCCAAAAUUUAUGAAGAAGUAUAUUCUUCCUUACAAAGAUAAAUUUCCUAAACUUCUUGAGAUCUUGUGCGCUGUAGCUGAAUGAUGGCUACAUAAGUGAAAUUGCAAAAGAUAACAAUGAUGUUGAACCAAUCUUGUAGUUUUCAUAUGUGUUUGUUAUUUCAAAAAUUGUUCAUCUAUGCA